AUUUGACCAACAACAUGCAAGUUCUAGUUCCGAAUAUUGUGGAGAGUAGUGUUAGAUGACAUCCAAUCCAAUACAAUCCUAGGAGAGUAUAAACAUUUUUCUCCAUAGCUUGUAGGAUACCGCUUUCUCCCAGGACUGAGAUUGCUCUUAUCAAUCUCGUCUCUGUACAAUGGGCUCAUCAAGCAAUGCCAACGCUGUCCAGAGAGUUACAGAUGAGAAGCAGAGACGUGCAGAUGAGAAACAAAGGAUUGAUGAUUGGCUUCCUGUAACUGGUUCGCGUAAUGCAAAAUGGUGGUAUUCGACAUUUCACAAUGUUACUGCCAUGGUUGGUGCUGGAGUUCUGAGCCUACCUUCUGCAAUGUCAUGGCUAGGAUGGGGUCCAGGUGUUUUAGCACUUGUCCUUUCUUGGAUAAUCACUUUAUAUACUCUCUGGCAGAUGGUUGAGAUGCAUGAAAUGGUUCCAGGGAAACGUUUUGAUCGGUAUCAUGAGCUUGGACAGGAGGCAUUUGGGGAGAAACUUGGUCUAUGGAUUGUUGUUCCACAACAACUCAUAGUUGAAGUGGGGGUGGACAUUGUUUACAUGGUUACAGGAGGGCACUCACUGCAGAAGUUUCAUGACACAGUGUGCCCAUCAUGCAAAAAGAUAAAAUCAUCAUUGUGGAUAGUAAUUUUUGGAUCAGUUCAUGUCUUCUUAGCACAGCUGCCAAACUUCAAUUCUGUGGCAGGGAUUUCACUUUCUGCAGCUGUGAUGUCUCUGAGUUACUCCACAAUUGCUUGGGGAGCUUCUGUCCACCAUGGCCAAGAACCUGAUGCUUCUUAUGCUUAUCGGGACACAACAGUAGCUAAUACAGUUUUUGGCGUGUUCAAUGCAUUGGGACAAAUUGCAUUUGCAUAUGCUGGACAUAAUGUGGUUCUGGAAAUCCAAGCUACUAUUCCUUCAGAGCCUGGCAGACCCUCCAAGAUCGCCAUGUGGAGGGGUGUGAUUGUGGCAUAUAUUGUGGUUGCUGUCUGUUACUUUCCAGUAGCAUUAGUUGGGUACUGGGCCUUUGGAUCUUCUGUUGGUGACAAUGUCCUUAUAACACUUGCCAGGCCGCGUUGGCUUAUUGCAAUGGCAAAUAUGAUGGUAGUGGUCCAUGUGAUUGGAAGCUAUCAGAUAUAUGCGAUGCCUGUUUUUGAUAUGCUAGAAACUGUUUUGGUAAAGAAAAUGCACUUCCCUCCAGGGCUGCCACUUCGUUUGGUAGCUAGAACUACUUAUGUUGCUUUAACUUGCUUCAUUGGUAUCACUUUCCCUUUCUUUGGAGAUCUGCUUGGAUUCUUUGGGGGAUUUGCCUUUGCUCCAACAACAUACUUUCUCCCUUGCAUUAUGUGGCUGACUAUCAAAAAGCCAAAGCGAUGGGGCUUAUCAUGGCUAACUAAUUGGAUAUGCAUAAUUAUAGGAGUUGCGCUCAUGCUUGUGUCAUGUAUUGGAGGCUUGAGGUCGAUUAUUAUUGAUGCAAAGACCUAUAAAUUCUACCAAUAAGCAGAACUAUUAAACCCCUAAAUCAGCGUGGAUAGAAUGUGAAGUAAAACAAAAGGAUUGGUUUGAUAUCUUUCACCCACCAGCGUGUGAAUUUUGGGAUUAUUUUAAAAAUGUAAUAUUUUUUGAAUUCUGGUUUUGUGAUGUCAAUCAGUUUAUGUAAUUUUGAUUCAA